AGAAGAUCUGCUGGGCCCUCAGGAAGGAUGGGAGCAGAUUCCCAAUGCCUUACUUAGCCUACCUAUGACCCCAGGCAGGGGUGGCUUGAGUGUGCUGGCUGGAGGCCUCUCUCCCUACUUCAGGGACCCUGGAGGCCUGCAGGAUGGAGGGGAAGAGUAAAGAGAAACUGGCAUCUGUAUCCAAUCUGGUGACCGUGUUUGAGAACAGCAGGACACCAGGAGCAGCACCUGGAGCCCACAUGCUGGAGGCCAAGCAUCAUCACCCUGGGUGCAGGCCUUCCCCACCCACAGGGCCAUGGCAGAGGCCCGAUGUGGAGGAGGCCCUGGGGUCUGAGCCCAGGACUGUCAGCAGGAGGUACCUGAGCUCCCUGAAGAACAAACUGUCCAGCGGGGCCUGGAGGAAAUCUUACCAGCCUGGGACCCAGCCCGGGACGGGGAUGCAGGAGCCUGAGGAGAAGAGAAUCGUCCAGGAGCUGCUGGAGACAGAGCAGGCCUACGUGGCACGCCUCCACCUGCUAGACCAGGUGUUCUUCCAGGAGCUGCUGAAGGAGGCCCGAAGCAGCAAGGCCUUCCCUGAGGAUGUGGUCAGGCUCAUCUUCUCCAACAUCUCCUCCAUCUACCAGUUCCAUGCGCAAUUCUUCCUCCCAGAGCUGCAGCAGAGGCUGGAUGACUGGCCAGCCACCCCCCGCAUCGGUGAUGUGAUCCAGAAACUGGCUCCCUUCCUGAAGAUGUACAGUGAGUAUGUCAAGAACUUUGAGCGAGCUGCUGAGCUGUUGGCCACCUGGACUGACAAGUCUCCCCUCUUCCAGGAGGUUCUCACCCGCAUUCAGAGCAGCGAGGCCUCUGGAAGCCUGACCCUGCAGCACCACAUGCUGGAACCCGUGCAGAGAAUCCCACGCUACGAGCUGCUGCUCAAGGAGUACUUGCAGAAGCUGCCAGCCCAGGCCGUAGACCGGGCCGAUGCCCAGAAAGCCCUCGACAUGAUCUUCUCGGCGGCGCAGCACUCCAACGCAGCCAUCACUGAGAUGGAGCGGCUGCAGGACCUGUGGGAGGUGUACCAGCGCCUGGGCCUCGAAGACGACAUAGUGGACCCCUCCAACACCUUGCUCCGUGAGGGCCCGGUCCUCAAGAUCUCCUUCCGCCGCAGCGACCCCAUGGAACGCUACCUUUUCUUGUUCAACAACAUGCUGCUCUACUGUGUGCCCAGGGUCAUCCAGGUGGGUGCCCACUUCCAGGUGAGGACCCGCAUCGACGUGGCUGGGAUGAAGGUGCGGGAGCUGACUGAUGCCGAGUUCCCGCACUCCUUCCUGGUGUCUGGGAAGCAGCGCACCUUGGAGCUGCAAGCCCGGUCCCAAGAGGAAAUGAUUUCCUGGAUGCAGGCCUGCCAAGCAGCCAUUGACCAAAUCGAGAAGCGGAAUGAAACCUUCAAGGCUGCAGUCCAGGGCCCUGAGGGAGAUGCUCAGGAGCAGGAGCUGCAGUCCGAGGAGCUGGGCCUCCGGGCACCGCAGUGGGUCCGGGACAAGAUGGUGACCAUGUGCAUGCGCUGCCAGGAGCCCUUCAACGCCCUGACGCGCCGUCGCCACCACUGCCGGGCCUGCGGCUACGUGGUGUGUGCCAGGUGCUCUGACUACCGGGCUGAGCUCAAAUAUGAUGACAACAGGCCCAACCGAGUCUGCUUCAACUGCUACACAUUCCUCACCGGAAACGUGCUCCCCGAGGACAAGGAGGACAGGAGGCGGGGCAUCCUAGAGAAAGGCUCCACCAUGGGUUCUGAGCAGAGCCUAAUGUGCAGCUUCCUACAGCUCAUCGGCGACAAGUGGGGUAAGAGCAGCACCCGGGGCUGGUGUGUGAUCCCCCGGGAUGAUCCCCUCGUGCUGUACAUCUAUGCUGCCCCUCAGGAUAUUCGGGCUCACACCUCCAUCCCCCUGCUGGGCUACCAGGUGUCAGCUGGACCCCAGGGGGACCCCCGGGUCUUCCAGCUGCAACAGUCAGGCCAGCUCUACACCUUCAAGGCUGAAACCGAGGAGCUGAGGGGCCGCUGGAUGAAAGCCAUGGAGCGGGCGGCCAGCGGCUGGAGCCCUGGGGAACCCAGUGAUGGGGAUCUGUCUGACUGAGCCACAGCUGGCCACUCCCCCCUCAAAGCCUGGUUCCUGCCACAGUCUACCCCUGCGUCCUCUGUGAACCACCACUCCAAGCUGAGGUUUAAAUAAUCGAUUUCUAGUCAUCUUGUGCCCAGACUGUGUGUCCCGAUUUGGCAUUCAGAAAACACAUGCCUGUUUCUUUGGGACCAAGCUCUUGGUUUGCUCAGGGGAAUCCUGGGACAUGGGACUUUCAGUAGUAAAACUAGGGAAGUCCCAGGUCACCAGGACUGUUGGUCACCAGGGUGGUUCUCAGCUUGAGCUGCUCAGUAGUGUCACCUGGAAUCUUUAAAAAAUACCCAUGAAAAAUAAAAUAAAAAAUAAAAAAACAGUGCCUCUAGCCAUCAUCGAAGAUUUCUGAUUUAAUUGGUCUGGGUUGGGGAGGCAUGGUUAUGUUUCAGGAAUACCCACAUGAAUCUAAUGUGCAGCCUGGAUUACUCGGAUGAAGAAGAAAAAGCAAAUGACUAUUGAUUGAGCAC